CCUCACCCCGCGGCCGCACCGGGGGCUCCCCACGGCCCGCUCCACCUGUGCGGGGCGGCGGAGGCGGUGCUGCCCCCCCCAACCCCGGCCCCGCACCGCCCCCGCCCCGCGGGCGGGCCCCGCCGCGGCCCCCGCCCUGCCCCGGCCUGGCCUGGCCCGGCCCGGCCCGGCCGGCACUCGCCGCCCGCCAUGGCGGGGCUGGGGCAGGGGCAGGGGGGUUCGGGGAAGCCGCCGCUGCUGGUGAAGAUCGUGAUGGCCGGGGAGUCCUGCGUGGGGAAGACCUCCAUUGUGCGGAGAUACACGGAGCCCGACUCGCUGCCCGCCGGGGCUCCUACUUCCUCCUACCUGGCCACCAUCGGCAUUGAUUUUAAAGUAAAGCCAGUAACGUUUAAUGACACAAGAGUGAAACUUCAAAUAUGGGAUACUGCUGGCCAGGAACGAUUCCAUACACUUAGUACUAGCUAUUUUCGUGGCGCACAAGGCUUUGUUCUUGUUUAUGACAUCACAAAUCUGGACAGUUUUCAAAGUAUAACAAGCUGGAUGAAAGACAUACAUGAGAAAGCAGGUGAUGAAGUGGACGUAGUACUGUUGGGCAACAAGUGUGAUAAGGAGUCAGAACGUGUAGUUCCAAAACAGAAAGGAGAAAAGCUUGCUUGGGAACAUGGAAUACCCUUUUUUGAAACCAGCGCUAAAGAUAAUGUGAACAUUGAGGAUGCGUUCUCAGUCUUGACUAAGGAAAUACUGGAAAAGGAGUCUCAGAUAUGCCUAAACCUGUUCCUUAAUAGAUGGCAGCUGUUCCUUAAUGCUUUGGGUUGCCAGUGAACUGGAAUUUGUACUGAAAUCCUGUGUAUUAUAUGACUUAGAUGUUGUGGCUCUAAAUGAAAGUAAGAAAAGAACCUGCUGUGCGUUCUGAAAUAUUGUUUCUUAUUCCAUUUUCUCUUCAGAAAGUAUUAACUAUUGCAAAGGAACAUACAAGAUUUUAAAAGUGAGCCUGUAAUCCCCAAACACGGUAUUUAGGCAUCCUUUGUAUUACACAAACUUUGUUGCCAAAUGUUUUGAUAUGUUUAUAUUAUAUUUUCAUAUUUCUAAUGUGAAGUUAAUACAAUUAUCUGACUCUGGAAUUAUUAGAUGCUUCACAGGAUGACUGCAUUUGCAUACAAAUGUUUGCAGGAAUGAAAUCUAAGUGUACUACUUUUAAUAAAAAAAAAAAUUACCUUGACUUUUUUUCCCUGUGUUAUUUAUACCAGAUUUUAAUGUAAUGAACAUUGACAUCAUCACACAGGCAACAUUCUGAUAUAUGAAAUCACUUAUGCUAUCCACCUGAUAACAUCUCUUUAAGUAGCUGCAGUCCCCUAAGAUAAUUUUCUGGGAAGUUCUGGCUUUGUUUCUUUUAUAUCCGUUUCAGAAACCUGUGUGUUAAUUGAAUACCCUUGAACAGGGAGGCUGCAAAGGUGAGGCCUGAGAGAAAAGAAUAAGCCCUACGCAUGAUCAGAACAUUGCUGAACCUUCCAUAGAAGGCAGAAAACAUAGAACAACAGAAUGGAUCCAGUAAUAAUUAUCUUGCUAAUAUAAACUUUUCUUGUUCUAUAAAAUAAUUCAUGCAGGUGUUAGCAGCAUACCUGCAUUUUCAAAUGUUCCUUUUGUCAUAGAAGAUCACAGUAUUAAAAGGGUAUGCAGUGCUUGUUUGAUGUUGUGAGAUAUUUAUUUUCUUAAAGUAGAAAUACACCAGGUAUCUGAUUCUGCUUAUUUAGAUCUGUUUUAUACUGGUAUGUAAUAUCUUCAAUUUCAGUGGAAGUUAUCAGAUUUUAUUUAAUUUUAAAUGAGGGCAGAAUCAGGAUGCCAGUUUCUUUUUCUUUAAUCAAAAGCAAAGAAAACACAAAUCAAACCUGCAGGACACGCACAAAGCAAACACAAGUUCUGAAUCUGAAGAACUGUGGUAGUUAUGUUGUAUUUUUAUUACUUUUUUUUUUUUGCUUGGGAGAUGUGGUUCUUGCUGAUUAUUUAAUUUUUUAUCACUAUUUGUGAAUGAAUAAUACUACUGUGCAAAAUGAGCUCUCCCAGCACAUCAGAGUAACAAACUCCACUGGCUUAUUGCUCUGGAAUGUCACUACCCUCCUAAAAUAUGUCUGCUUCUUUUUUGAGGGCUGUUAGCAGAUUGUUGUAAUAUCAAAUUAUUAUUAAAUUUGGUACUGAGACAGUGAGCUCAACUGAAAAUGCUUUCUGAAGCACAUGAGACCUAAUGUGCCUGAGCAUACUGCCAGGUUACUGUGCCACUAGGCCAUUUAGUGUGCUUGCAGAAGGGGUGCAAAGGGAUGGGAAGGGCUAUGUAUUUACAGCCGCUCCUGAUUACUCAUCGUGGCCGGUCACUUAAGAUAGCGUUCAGAGCAAAAUCUGAAAACAAGGAACAAAGGAUAAUCCCUGCCUUAGUUACAAACGUAGCAGAGGAAGAAAAUAGUGCUGGAAGGGGCUUUGAGAGGCGGUGUAGGUCCUUGUCUUAUCUCAGCCUCAGAUCAGCUGUCCCUGCAGGUUUAGUGAACAGCAGUGAUGGAGAUUUCAGGGUCUCCCUAAGUGGUGCACAGUCCUUACCUAACUGGUUUGGCAAGCAGGAAGUUUCCUAAUACCUAACCGGUACCCAUGGAAAGCAGGGUCUCCCUUUCCUCUUGAUGUAGGUGAACACCUCUGCCUGCCCUCUCUCUUCUCUUUAGGGCCGAGAGCUACUGUCCUUUCUACCUUCCUUUGUAGUUCGGUUUUUCAGAGUCUUCUGCCAUUUUUGUCUCUCUCCUCUUGAUAUUUGUGAGUUGGUUCUCAAGUAUGCUGGAGUGGAGACCUGAAAACUGAGCAGACUAUUCUGGUUUAAAUAAUAAUAGUUGGCUAGAUUAAAGUGUUUUUUUCAUUAUAUUAUUUCUGAUACUCCUAUUCAUGCAUUCCAGUAUCAGCACAAUGCAAGAUAGCCUAGGACUGCUUGUGAUCCGUAAUCUCUUUUCUGAAGGUCUGCUUUUUUAUCCUGGUAUGUACUUGUGCAGUUGAUUAUUCCUUUGUAUGUGUAAAACCUUCUGUUUCUCCUUAUUCGGUGACAUUUUAGUUUCUCCAAUCUGCCAGGAUCCUUCUGAAUCAUAAUGCUGUGCUCCAGUGUAGUUGGAGCCUCUUCCUGUAGAUACAGUCUCUAAAUGUGAAUAAGUGUGCUCUGUUUAGUCAUCAAAGAUGUUGAUGAAAGUACUCAAUAGUUCUGAAUCCAAGACAGAUCUCAGUGAAAUCCCGUUCGAUGUAUCUUUUCAGCUGGAGAGUACCAAUUAUUUCCAAAUAAUUUUGCACUCAUUUUAUAUACUUGUCUAGACUGAUGGAUUUUCAGUUGUUUUGGGUUUUGUGGUUUGGUGGUGGUUUUUUUUUUUUGUUAAGAGCACAUUAUAUGAAACCCUGUGAUCCUCACUCUUUCUGCCCUAUCCGUGCAGUCUGUUACCAUCUGAUAGUAGACUAGGUGGAUCUGGUGUUGUUACUGACAAACUCAUGCUGUUACUUCUCCUAUCUUCUAGAUUCUUUGCAAAUGGUUGGAUUACCUGUUGAUUUUAUUUUUUUAGUAGUAGAAGUUCAGUAGAAACCAGCUUGUAGACCUCUUUCCUUUUACCCUUUGAGAGAGAUGCAAUCCUUUUUAAGUUUUCUGGAACCUCACUCAUUCUCUGUUGAUUCUUGGAUAUAAUCAGUAGCAACUCUAACAUUGCUUGAACCCUAUGGGAGAUUCAUCGGGUCCAGUCUAUCCAAAAAUCUUUAACUUACCUAAGUAUUUUCCAGUCUAUUUCUUAAUUUUUCUAGCCUAAGCUCUUAGACUUUUGUCAGUGGUGCUAGUAGUGAAGUCACUGUGUUCUUAAUCUGUAUUCUUAAAUUGAAGACUGAGGUUAAAAAAGGCAUUAAAGAUACCGGCAUCCCAGCAUCACCAAUCCUUAGAUGAUGAUUAAAUAGAUUUUACCCCUCUAUGGAAUUACAGACCAGUUUUUUCCUUGGUCUUCUCACUGUGCAUCUUUCCAACAUGGUUGCUAUCUUUUAAAUCCAAUUUUCUAACAUUUUGGGACUUUAUCUUUCUGGUUUUGUCCAUACAUAGUCUAUACAGUUAUUCAUAAUUUAGUAAUUUGACCUACUUUCUACUUUCAUUCAGGUCGUUGAAGAUCUUAUGAUUCAGCCAAGUUAGUCUUUAUUUCACUUCCUCUCCUUCCUCUGUGUAGAUCAAAUUCUGCAGUUUUGCCAUCAGCAGUGGAUCUCUGAUGAACUUCAAGCUGUCCUGAGCUCACAAAAGUUUAGCUACUAGUUCUCUGAGUUUAAGUCUCCAUUUAGUUCCUCCUCCUCUUUCUAACAGUGAAAAUAGAUAAAGGAGGGUCAGACUGGUUCAUAAUUUUAAUUUCUUCUCUGUAUAACAAAUCAGAAUUUCAAAUAUAGGAAUUUCUUCUAUACAUUUUUCCUUCUCGCUGUGUUUUCUACUUCUUGUGGCUUAGGUAUGAUCAGUCACUGGCCCACCUUAGGGAGAUGCAAAUAUUUAGGUUCCCAUGCAGUGUUUGCAGGAUGCCUCACCCCUGCUACUUGAUGCAGCGUGCUUCACCUAACACUCCAGGUAGCCGGAGCACUCUCCUCAUCGCAUCUUUUGCUCUCCUGGAGCAAAACACCUGCCUUUUGAAAGCAUACGCGCUGUGGACUACGUUCCCAGGAGUGUGCCACUGGGGAAAACCCACCACUCCUCCCUAGAAAGGACCAAAAAACCUCCCACUAAACUGCAACACUGUGUGUUUGGAGGCAUUUUCCCAACUAGAAAAGACGAUGUAAGUUGAGAACAUGAUCUUCAUUUAGCUCUCUCCAAAGCUGGCCGGAUGAUAGUGUUGCACAAAUUCCCAUAGAUGGAAUUUUUAGAAUAAAUAAAGGUUAAAUAAGGGAUUUGAUGGGCAAAAGGAGGACACCUUUUACAGUGAAAUAGAAGGUAAAAGGUCGAGGUAAACACCAGACCCUCAGAUCUCUUUAGAAUACCUUGCAUGAGCAAAGAUUGCUUGGAUUUUGCCAGUAAGACAGAAUAGCGUUCUCUUUCAAAACAUGAGAUGCACAGACAUCAGAUCUAUCAAAUGCAUUGUUCUCUUUCCCCUUUCCCUCAGGGGAAGGUAGGUGUUUAGGAUCUGCUUCUGAAAUGAUCACUGCGUCUCCUGUUAUUUUCCAAUGGACUUGUAAAUAUUUAUUAUGAAAACCAGGCCUUUGGUAUAAAGACAAAUCACAUGUAGGAAGGAGGAUUACAAAGUCACAGGGGUUUUUAAAGAAAUACUGACUACGAUGGCUUCACAUGAAACUUACUGUAGAAGGCUGAGAGUUUUAUUUGAUGCACACAUACUACAGUGUAAAAGCGUGUUACCAGAUUCAUCCUAAAGUCAGCUUGUGAACAGCUCAGUUUCAAAUGUUAGCAUAGGUAUGAACUGAUGAUGGUCUGAAAUGCUUUAAAAAUAAUUUUAUUGGCAAUGGAAUAAAUAUAUACUAGAGAUUUUACAGCCUGCUGCAUAAAUGUGUGGUGAAGUCAACAUGAAAGACAGUCAAUUCAAAAUGCAUUUAGGAAUGAUUUGGGGCAUUAUUGUGAGUCCCCUUGCCACUGCUUAUAGUUUUCUGGUGACAAUUUGCUAUUGAUGCAUAAAGACUGCCUCUGACCGCCACCUGAAAGGCACAUACACAAAAACUAAGAUGUGUAACUGGGGCCCUGGUCCUGAGGUGGGUCUGCUCACAGGGAUUCCUCUCGAGGUCUGACGGCUUCGUUAGCAUUUUGCAUCAGCAGGAAACUGUGGUAAGAGAUCACACUAAGGGACGAAGGCAUUGCUAGACAUCAGAGAUAGUAUCUAAAGUGUUAACUAUACAUAAGGUGCGGUUAAAACAAGGAAUUGUCUGAGUCUCGUAUGUGCUGGUGAUUUGAAUACUGUGUAUGUAAUAUUAGAGUAUAUUUCAAGGAGGUUGAGCCACAGUACAGUUAGGACACAUAACAAAGUCACUCUACGAACUCCAGAGAGACAUUGCAGCAUUAUGGUGUCUCUUUGCCUGGAAAUAACUAAAUGAAAUUUAGAUAGUAUCUAAAAGUUACACUUUUUAAAAACCUGUCUUGUUCCAGUAGGAUGGGUAAGAGUAGGUUGGCUUUCCAGUGGUUGGAGAGAACACAAACAUGGUUAUAUGAAGACAGACUUAAAAGCCGUAGGACAUCUAAAACCAUCUGAAGAAUGAAAAAAUCUUUAAAGAAUACUCAGCAGUAACUAUUUCUGCGUGAAAAAUGCAUUUCUUCCCACACAGCAGAAGUGCAUGCUGUCUGAGAGAAGCAUAUGCUGUGAGAUGGUAUCUAUCCUGGAAUUAAUGGUACCCAAGACAGCGGUGAAAAGCAGUUCUUGACAGACUUGUGCUUCAAGUCCUGGUGAACCCCAGUCUGACCUGAUCUGCUUUGCCUUACACACUGCACCCAAUAACCUCAUCAAACCUGAGCGAGUUAAAACCAUGCUUUUGUUUUCCGUAUUUCAGCAAUAAUGCUCUUAGCUACUAUAUUACUUUGCACUUCAAUAGCUUAAUUCACUGAAGUUGUUCAAAGCAUUUGGUGGACUUCAUAAAAGGGAAGCUACCUUGAAAAAAAAUCUGGUUUCGUGUGUUUAAAGCUAACUAUUCUGGUUGUUAGGAUCUAACAGUGGCAUGGCUGGGUGUAGAGAGUGAAGGUUUUCCAUAGUGCUGGGAAAUCCCAGUGCCAAACCGUGUAGCUAAAGCAUGGGCCCACAUGAGGAUGAGGUUCAGACCAACGCAGAACCACUUAAAGCAAGAUAACUUGGGUUUUCUGUAACCCUCUGUGCUGACUGGCUGCCACGGUCUUUGUUUCAUCUUGGAGAGCAUGGAUGAAGUCCCAGUCUCUGCAGCAGAGCAGAACAAGAGCGUGUCUGUCUCAGCCCUCCUCGCGCUCGCGGUGCUGCUGGCACCAGCAGCUGCAAAGGCGGGCGGCAGCGGCCGGCCCCUCCGCCAGGGCGAGCGGCAGGAGAGCUCUUCGUGCAGCAGCUCUUCCCGGAGCUCUGCCAUCCCCAGCCGUCUCAAAGGUAGAUACCGCGGAAGAUGGAGCCUGAAGAGAGAUGUUAGCUGUGGAUGUUUUCCGUCGUUUCACAAAUCACUGGAAGGCACUUUUAUGUUUCCAGUCAACAGUCCAUCCUUAAACGUAGCCAAAUUUACUGCAAUAAAGUAAACUGUUUUGACACAAAAGUGAACAAAAUAAACUUAAGCACAGUACAACGCAACCACCCAGGAGUUAGUUUUUCUGGUUUAAUUUCCCAGAGGUUCUGCAGCCUAGCAGUCUGGAGAUAAAAAUGCAUAAAAACAGUAACAUUAAAUAAAAAAUGACGAUCAUGGAAGACUUCAUCGCAUAAACCACUUUAAAAAGAGAACUAGUAGUCGAUUUUAAAUUUUCCUGUGGUCUGAAGGCCCUCGAAUACACAGUAUAUGUUAAUAAGUGCACGUGCAGUAACGACGACAGAAAUAAGACGAAGAUUUUCCUUUAACUUCUAUGCGCCGCUCUUCACGCUUUAAAUACCCAUCCACGGUUCAUGGGUGGAAACUACAAUAAUAAAGAUGUAAUCAAA